CAAGCAAUGUGACCUGUAAUUGCUCUUUCAACAACAACAAGACCUGCCAUGUAGUAAGCAUUUCUAUCUGAAGAAGAGAGGAAAUUUUGGUGGAAACCCAGAGACUGAAAGCCAAUGAUUUUGUCAAAGACUCACUCACCCAUGGCUGGAUUUUACAACUUUGUCGGUUUUGCACUCCUUUCUUCAUACAUCAAAACAAUAACUUUGUUUAAAUAUUUUUCUUCUUUAAAAAUUCUCUCUUUCUCUCUCUUCUUGAAGCAAAGUAGUACUAUUAUUUUUGCAGCUCUUGCUUUUCUUUUUUGCGUAUCUUUUGGUUGAUUUUUAUGUCAAGGGCCCUAAUGAGGUAAAAGAAAAUUCCUUUCUGGAGUUAGUGGGGUCCAUUUCCUCAAAGCAGCUUUCAGGCUGGGAAUUGGGGUACCCAAUUUUGACAGCUACUAUAAAAAUAAACGUCAAAAUCAUGCGUGGCAGAGGACAAGUAUGCGGUAGAGGUAUAAAUGGGCAGGCCUAAUUCAGGCCCAAGCAUUCAGUGGCUCAAACAGUUUAAUAAGUUAAUGAAACAAAUUCUUAUGCUAGCAACAGUAUAUUACUUUUGAAUAAGGAGCAUCAGAGUUGAUUUAUGUAGCUAUCCUUGAAUGAUUUUUAACUGCUUCGAAUAUUUCUGCAACUUUACCACCAGAGUUUUCCAAGUUUCAACACCUGAAACUGCUGGACUUAAGUCGUAACUACUUCACAGGUUCUAUUCCUCAAGAAUGGGCUACCAUGAAGUUGGAAAUGCUCUCUUUUAUGGGGAACAGGUUGUCUGGUCCAUUCCCAAAAGUUCUCACCAACAUCACCAGCCUCACAAACCUGUCUAUUGAAGGAAACAACUUUUCAGGAUCCAUUCCACCAGAGAUUGGAGAGUUGAUCAAUUUACAGAAACUUAUUUUGUCAUCAAAUGCCUUCGAUGGAAAAUUGCCAGCAAAACUUGCCAAGUUAGUCAACUUGACAGAUAUGAGGAUAAAUGACAAUAACUUUUCUGGAAAGAUACCUGAUUUCAUCGGUAACUGGAAGCACAUUCAAAAACUGCAGAUUCAGGGUUGCUCUCUUGAGGGACCCAUACCUUCCAGCAUUUCUGCUUUGACUAGCUUAUCUGAUCUGAGGAUUAGUGACUUAAAAGGCAGAGGAUCUCCUUUCCCACCAUUGCUUAACAUCGACUCACUGAAGACAUUGAUACUAAGGAACUGCUUAAUAUAUGGAGAAAUCCCAGAGUAUGUUGGUGAUAUGAAGAAAUUGAAAACUCUGGAUCUCAGCUAUAAUAACUUGACUGGAGAAAUUCCUGGAUCAUUCUACAAACUGACAAAAGCAGAUUUCAUGUAUUUGACUGGAAAUCAGCUCUCCGGGUCUGUGCCUGAGUGGAUCCUAGAAAGAAAUAAAAAUGUGGAUAUAUCUUACAACAAUUUCACCUGGGAAACCUCAAGUCCUAUAGAAUGUCCUCGAGGGAGUGUGAACUUGGUUGAGAGCUACUCCACAUCAGCAAAUAAAUUAAGUAGAGUUCCUUCAUGUCUAAAACAGACCUUCCCAUGUUCUGCUUCUCCUAGUCAAUAUAAAUACUCGUUGCACAUUAAUUGUGGGGGGAAGGAACUAAAUAUCAGUGGCGUUGCCAAAUAUGAAACUGAUAGAGAACCAAGAGGUGCUUCUAUGUUUUACCCGGGGCAGAACUGGGCAUUAAGCAGCACUGGAAACUUCAUGGAUAAUGAUAUUGAUGCAGAUGACUACAUUGUUACCAAUACUUCUGCUUUGUCUAAUAUCUCUGCAAUUCAAUCAGAACUCUACACAACAGCACGUAUUUCUCCCCUCUCUCUCACAUAUUAUGGACUUUGCCUGAUGAAGGGGAACUACACUGUUAGUCUGCACUUUGCAGAAAUUAUUUUCAAAAAUGAUCGAUCAUUUUACAGCCUUGGGAAACGUAUAUUUGAUGUAUAUAUCCAGGGAGAAUUGGUGCUGAAAAAUUUUAAUAUUGAAGAGGAAGCUGGUGGUACUGGUAAGCCCAUUGUAAAAAACUUUACGGCUGUCGUGACAAGAAAUACAUUAAAAAUCCACUUAUACUGGGCUGGGAGGGGGACUACAGGCAUACCAGCAAGGGGGAUGUACGGCCCUCUAAUUUCAGCUAUAUCAGUGGUUCCAAAUUUUCAGCCUCCAACUGUUGUUGGCAAAAGGAAUUAUCUGGUAGUGGUGGUUGUGGCAGCAACUGCAGCAAUAGUUAUUGCCCUUAUGGUCUUAGGUAUCAUUUGGAGAAAAGGUUGGCUGGGAGGCAAAAUUUCUGCUGAAAAAGAGCUGAGAGGCCUGGAUUUGCAAACAGGAAUUUUCAGUCUAAGACAGAUUAAAGCUGCAACGAAGAACUUUGAUGCUAAAAACAAAAUUGGUGAGGGUGGCUUUGGUUCUGUGUAUAAGGGUCUAUUGUCAGACGGAACGGUUAUUGCAGUGAAACAGCUGUCAUCAAAAUCUAAGCAGGGAAAUCGUGAAUUUGUGAAUGAAAUAGGCAUGAUAUCUGCACUGCAGCAUCCAAAUCUUGUGAAGCUCUAUGGAUGUUGUGUUGAGGGAAACCAGUUAUUACUAGUUUUUGAGUACAUGGAAAAUAACUGUCUAUCCCGUGCUCUUUUUGGGAAGGAUGCUACACACAAACUGAAACUGGACUGGCCGACCAGGCAAAAAAUUUGCCUUGGUAUUGCCAGGGGUUUGGCCUACCUCCACGAAGAGUCCAGAAUAAAAAUUGUACAUAGGGAUAUUAAAACAAGUAAUGUGUUGCUUGAUAAGAAUCUCAAUGCAAAAAUUUCUGAUUUUGGUCUGGCAAAGCUAAAUGAAGAUGACAAAACCCACAUCAGCACUCGAAUUGCUGGGACUAUUGGUUAUAUGGCUCCUGAGUAUGCAAUGCGUGGUUACUUAACCAACAAAGCUGAUGUCUAUAGCUUCGGUGUUGUUGCAUUAGAAAUUGUUAGUGGAAAGAGCAACACAAACUAUAGGCCGAAUGAGGACUUUGUUUACCUUCUUGACUGGGCCUAUGUUUUGAGAGAGAGGGGAAGUUUGUUGGAGUUGGUGGAUCCAGACUUGGGAUCAGAAUACUCAUCAGAGGAGGCAAUGGUCAUGCUGAAUGUGGCUCUCCUCUGCACCAAUGCAUCUCCCACCCUGAGGCCUACCAUGUCACAGGUUGUGGGCAUGCUCGAAGGUCGAACUGCUGUUCAAGACCUCCUCUCGGAUCUUGGGUUUUCCUCCAUUAAUUCAAAAUUCAAGGCCUUGGUUAAACACUUCUGGCAAAAUCCAAGCCAAACAAUAAGCUUGCCAAGCAAUGGCCCAAAUACUGAGUCCUCAGGUUUAAAUAUUGAAGCAGAAGAGAGAGGCCAUCUUUUGAGAGUUAGUUCUGUUCAAUCUGAGGUGUAAUUUGUACUUUUUCUUUAGGUAUGAGCAUGUCCAAUGGUGGAAGAAGGGUACAAAUCCCUCAUAACGAGGGAAAACAACUGUUAGGCCAAGCCUUUACUAUAUUUUAUAGCAUCAAGUGUAUAUAGUAAUGGGAAAAUCCCUUGUUCUAGUAAUGUCGUCUCUUAUCAAUGUAUUGCAUCAUAUAUCAACAAAAUAGAGUUUAAACUUUAAAUCAGUUUUGUCCGUUGCCUCAAAUUGUAUAUGAAACAAGAAGAAGAGUGACCAUCUGUAAACGGGUUUUUUGUUAAGUGAGGAAGCGUUGCAAACAAAUAAAAUAGGAUGUGUCCAGAGACGAUAGAGAGAAAACUUAGAGCAGACCUUGAUGUAUUGAGUACAUUGGCAGGUGGUGGUAAAUGAUAAAGUAAGGCUGAGUAGAAAAGAAAAUAAAGCUCCAAGAAGGAUUUAGGAAGAGAAGAUUAUAAAGAGAGUUUGAGAGAAAGUUGUGAGAACUUUGUCCAAAUUUGUCAAAAUCUAAAAGUUAACUCAUAAAUUGUGAAAACUCUUAUUUAUAAGUUUUAAGAAUAUAAGUUAUAUAUUUUGAGUAUCGAAUAGGAAUAAUGAUAAAUAGUGAGAGAAUUGAUUGUUACAAAUUAGUUUUUUGGUAAUAGAUAUAGUAAAUAUAAAAUUCUAAAAGAA